AUGAUUGACGAUAUUCUAAUUGGACCAAUCAUUUUACCGGAGACAAUGAAUAGCCCAAGAUUCCUAAAUUUCCUGGAAACGAAUUUUUUGGAUGCUUUAUUGGAGUUACCAUUGGCCUACAGGGCCAGAAUGAUUCUGCAAUUGGAUGGUGCUCCGGCACACUUCGCGCUUCUUGAACACUUCUCAUCGCAAUACAACUAUUCUAGCGUCGAACAAGACCCACCAACCCCAGGCCGAUCUGAUGUCGAAAGAGAAACACCAACCCCAGGCCGAUCUGAUGUCGAAAUAGAUACACCGACGCCAGGCCGAUUUGAUGUCGACUGUGAUACACCAACCCCAGGCCGAUCUGAUGUCGAAAAAGAUACACCAACACCAGGCCGAUCUGAUUCUGAAAGACGCACGCUACGACCAAAUCGUUUAAAAUCCACGAAGAAUGCGUAUGAAGAGGCACUUCGAAAUGUGAAUGAGCAUUUUAAACGUCCGAGGUUUCCGGGAAAUCGUUUUGAAGUAUAUGGACGAAGUGUAGGCAUGAAAUUACAAGAAUUACCAAAACAGUAG